GCCGGGCCGGGCUGGGCUGCCGCGGCGCGGCUCUGAGCGCAGGGCAGACCCCCGCCGGCAGCGGCAAGAUGUCGUGGCAUCCACGGUACCGCAGCUCUAAGUUCCGCAACGUGUAUGGCAAAGCUGCCAGCAAGGAGAAGUGCUACGACUGCGUGCCCAUCACCCACAGUGUCCACGACAACCACUUCUGCGCCGUGAACCCCAACUUCAUUGCCGUGGUCACUGAGUGCGUGGGCGGCGGUGCCUUCCUCGUCAUUCCCAUCAAGCAGACAGGCAAGCUUGACCCACAUUAUCCCAAAGUAUGUGGGCACAAAGGAAAUGUUCUGGACAUCAAAUGGAACCCAUUCAAUGACUUUGUAAUAGCUUCAUGUUCAGAAGAUAGCACAGUUAAAAUAUGGGACAUCCCCAACCAGUUGUUAAAAAGAAACAUUACCAGUCCGAAGAAAGAACUUCUUGGGCAUGCUGGAAGAGUGAUCCUCAUUGAAUGGCACCCCACAGCUGAUAACAUCCUCUUCAGCUCUGGCUAUGACUACAAGAUAAUGAUCUGGAACCUGGAUGUCAAGGAGGAUGUCAUCUCAAAGCCAGUGAAGAUCCUUGAGGCUCACGCGGAUGUGGUCCUCUCCAUGUCAUUCAACACAGACGGCAGUCUCCUUGCCACAGCCUGCAGGGACAGAAAGAUACGUGUAAUAGACCCUCGUGCAGGAGCAGUCCUACAAGAAGCCAGCUACAAGUCUCACAGAGUCAAUAAAGUGUUGUUUCUUGGAAACAUGAAAAAGCUGUUCUCUACUGGAACAUCUCGGUGGAAUAAUAGGCAAAUUGCUUUAUGGGAUCAAAAUGACCUUUCUGUGCCUUUACUGGAGGAGGAUCUGGAUGGCUCCUCGGGACUCCUGUUUCCCGUCUAUGACUCUGACACACACAUGCUUUAUGUGGUGGGAAAGGGUGAUGGAAAUAUACGGUACUAUGAGAUAAGCCCUGAGAAACCAUACCUGAACUACUUGAUGGAAUAUCGUUCUCACUUACCACAGAAGGGAAUUGGAAUGAUGCCAAAGAGAGGCCUUGAUGUGUCAUCUUGUGAGAUUUUCCGUUUCUACAAACUGAUUCCAACUAAAGGCCUGAUUGAGCCCAUCUCCAUGAUUGUGCCUCGACGGUCGGAAUCAUACCAGGAAGACAUCUACCCCUUGACUGCAGCAGCCCAGCCAGCACUGACAGCACAACAGUGGCUGAAUGGAGUUAACAAAGGGCCUCUCUUGGUAUCCUUGAGACCAGGCUCUGGAGCUGUGAAUUCCGUACCACAGUGUCUUGAGCCAGAGCCACUCAUGAAAACUACUGAUCUGAGCCAGCAGCAGGGUCAGGGAGAAAGGAUGCCACUGGAGGACAAGCAGAAGCCAAGAGAGAUCGAAGAUGGCAGGAAACAGCUGAAAGUGGAGGAGAAAUCGCCAAAAAAUGAGCAAAUGUGCCUCUCCAAUUGCUUUGACAUAUUUGAGUGUCCACCACCAAAAACUGAAAAUGAGCUUUUACAGAUGUUUUACCGACAACAGGAAGAAAUCCGUAGACUACGUGAGUUGAUAAUCCAGAGAGAUGUCCAAAUUAAACAGCUGGAGCUGGAGAUCAGAAACCUCUGCACAGACACAGGCAGUAACUGAAAGUGCUGGCCUGCAGCUCUUUGCACCCCUGGCAACUGGAGGAGAUUCCAGUUGCUGCCAAUAACUCCUCCUAGUUUUUUUACUGGGAGAAAAAUUGAUGCUUCAGGCAGCAUGGACUUCCCUGGCUUGUGGUGGUCACAUUUCCCUAAUCAUCACCAGACAGUUAUUGAUGGAUUUACUGCACUUCUUCAGGCUCCCCUUGCUUGCCCGCUCACUGAUGUCAGAAGCUCAUGUGUUAAUGCUAAUGAGAGACUUUGGAAAAUCUUGCUCUUCCAGUCCUGGAGAAGCUACAUGUUAAGCUCUAGGAGCAACGUGUUUUGCUGCCAUUCCACAGGAGUAUGGGAGACUGAAGGCAGCUGCCAGUUCUCCCAUGCUGGGAUGCAGCAGUGUGGCUCCUGUGGCUGCUCUCCUCUUGCCCUGGGAGGCCACUCUCCAGCCGAGCUUCACGGCAGGUCUAGCUCCAAAGUGAUCCUCAGGCACCCCUCUCACCUCAUGGCUUGGCCCUGCACCAGGUGGCUAGGCAAAGCCGUGGCUGCCCUGACCUUGUGCUAGGGAUAGUCCUGCUCUGAGUGGGAGGCUACGCUGGGAGUGCCAAGGGCCAGCACUUUUUGUCAUAGGUAAAGGAGAGUUGGUGUUGGAGGUCCCACUUUGAAGGGUGGUUGUGGGCUAGUUCUUUCCAGAGAAAGAACUCUGUGUCCUGUGGUCAGUGGCCUUCUUUUCCUCCUUCUGCCAAAGACUAGCUGCAGUCAAUUGGGGGUCAUCAUAUAAAUGAGGACAACAUUUAAAGCUGCACGGUGUUGACAGCAGUGGGGGAAUUUGCCAAGAGGGUUUAAAAGGAUGAGGGGGGAGUUGGACCCCCAACCCACUGCCGACCUUUCAGCAAUGGUGCUAGACGUGUUGUGUCAACCACAGGAAGAUCACGGGGCCGUGGCUAGUCAUGAAAAGCCCUCUGUGGUUUCUGGAGUAUUGCUUGUCCAUGUGACUGCAGCCGCUGCCUCCUCAGCUCCCAGGUGCCAGCACCUUGUCCCAUCCUUGCAGCCAUCUACAGCAGCAGGGUCCCUCUUGCCAGCUGUGUUGUGCAGUGCCCUGCAUCCUCCCAGGCUGCUCUGGCUCCCCAAGGCCUGCAGCCACACUGACCUGUGCCCUUCAGCACCAGCUCUCUAGCUCUCUGCUAGACCUUAUGGAGGUGUCUUAAACCCAAGCAGAGCAAGUAACCGCUGUUUAACCUGUUAACUGUGCACCUCUGUUGUGGCACAUAGAAAUGAAUACUAUGCCUUGCUAGUUCCCUGAGGCCUACUGACUACCCAAAAUCUAAAAAAAAAAAAUAAAAAAAAAAAUUAACCCCCCCUCCAUUUUCAGAAAUACCCACAAACAGGGCUCCUUAUCAAGGGGACUAAAGGCUGUGCACUGCCUGUGCUCAUGUGAGAUGCCCCCCUGGUUAUCCCCGAAAGGCAUAGCCAGCAAGAUCUCAUGGCACUAAUUGCUCUUAUAUAGAAAUCACAUGAAGACUUUUCCCUUUUGCUCUGCUGCAAACUCUUCACCCAGUUUUCAAAAAUAUUUUACUCAUUUCUAAAUAGCAACAAUAGAUGUGGGUGCUAAAAAAUUACAAAUAUUGUUGUUUCUGCAGCAUUAAGAAGAGGAGGUUGUUGUUCAUAUUCUUCAGGAAGAGUCCUUUAGCAUCAGUCACUUAUUUAACUUUACUCUUUUUAUAAAAAAUAAUAUAUUAAUAACAAAGUUGCUGAAACAAACUUCAGCUCAUUUCAGAUCAUCUAGAAUGGAUUUCCCUGUGUCCUGGGAACACUCUGCAAUAUACAGUUACAUGCAAAAGCAGCUUACCCCAGAUACAGAGCUUUAAUCUAAACAUAUGAAUCUUACACCAAAAGUGAUCAGGCUCUCUUACCAAAGAGAAGAAUUAUGUUAAGAAAUCAAAAAGCUCACAGUUUUUCAGCUAUGUAGAACAGUCCUAACAGCUUCAAACUUCAAAGCCAUUUUCACAGAAGGUAGCACAAGAGAUAUGACGCUGCUUUUCAAGAAAUCAUUAUCAGAAAGGAGAGCACUCAACACAGCCUCAAUAGUCCAGGGGAUAUGACACAUCCUUUCACCAUGUGUGUUUUAUUUGCUGCAUUUUUUUUGCUUGUUUUUUUCAUACAGAAUAAAUUAUUUAAAUUAUUUCUAUGUUAAAGUAAAUUUUACAGGGGAUUUUUACAUCCUCUUGAGAACUGUUUCUUUGUUAUUCCAUGACUGACUAGCAUAGAGAAUGGUGGGCCACUAUGGUUCUUAUCUUAGGGUUGUGUUGAUUUCAGCAUUUCUGGAAAAGAAGUUGCUUUCUUUAGGCUUUGCUGGAAACAUUUGAUAAGGUGAGACUAUUUAAUCAAAACUUCUUUUUCAGACAGUAUGCCUGUAAAAGCGUGGACUGUCAAAUGUAUUUCAAUUUGGAGAUUAAAUGCAACCGUAAAUCUUUCACAUGGAAAAAAAAUGGAGGAAAUGGAGUUAUGGGUUAAUGAUCUGUGCCUAAAUAGUCUUAAGUGAUCAUUUUAACAGUUUCUAAAACUUGUGACAGCUUUGUAAAAAAACUGUAAAACAUGGGGAUAAAAACCAAAUUUGUGCAAUGAAAAACAAAUAUAACUGAAUAAUAAAUAUAUUUAGAGCUUUACUUUUUGAUACAUGCAAGGUUGUCGUUUUAUUAUUGUGUUGUUGAAGUGAUUGAAACUUAGGCUGAAUCAAGGUCAGAAAGGAGUACCUACUGUCUCUUUUGCUUGAAUCAAGCAAUAAUGUAAGUGGCCUUACGUUAGUAGGCAGGUUGUACACAGUGUUAUGCACAUGGCCCUGUAUUUUUAUAUCUUUCCUGUCUGCCCUUGAUGGUACAAAUGGGUGGCCAUUUCAAACUGUUCUGUGCUAAACUGCUUUGUAUGUUGUUUUGAGUAAACUCAGCC